AUGGAUCCAAAUACAGCAUUUACUAUCAAGGCAGCCUCCAUCUCUGAUGUUCCCACGCUGGCAAAGAUCUUCAGUGAUUCUUUCCUCGAUGACCGUCACACACAAAUGAAAAGCCAGGGCAAAGACCCAUAUGAUCUGGAACAAUCAAUGGCGGCAGACCUGCCUCGACAGAUCGCAUCGCCUACCUCGAUCCUUUUGAAAGCAGUCGACGAGUCCACAGGAGAGAUCGUGGGCUGGAUAAGCUGGGGCUUUCGAGGAUUUAGUCACACUGAGAUUGCGGGGCUAGACCCCGACGUCGCAGGAUUGAUCUCCAAUGAACCCGGGUCUCAAAAGCCUGCCGAGAAAGAGAAAAGAAUUGAAGCAUCUCAAGAGCGGCAGCCUAAGUUCGAACCAGACCUUGUUGAUGAAAGUCCAAUCAAACAGCUUGAAAGGAUCACAGAUGCUGAUCUAAGGCGCUGGAUGGAUAAAGUCAUGCCGGACGGCACGAGGUGCAUGUUUGUAAUUUCUCUUUGUGUCUCGCCCAAAUGGCAGGGAAAGGGCGUCGGGGCAUCUCUCCUACACUGGGGUACUCAGACAGCUGACGCGGUCGGGGCUUUUAUCUGGGUUCAUUCAUCAGAGGGAGCAUGGCGGAUGUACCAGAAGCAUGGCUUUGAAAUCUUGGAAACCCUUGAUGUUGAUUUAGAUCGGUAUGCUCCUUCGCCGCUACUAAACAACCGGGGCGGGAUUGAAAAGUGGGGACAUUAUGUCUUCAGAUAUAUGAAGCGACUUCCACAGGGCUAG